GUUCGCUACAAAGAAUCAGCUCUUAGAGCCAGCGUUCGCGAACGACCCAUCAGUAGGAGCCAUCCCUGUCGGGAUGUCGACACUGGGUCGAAACGUUAGUUCGCGGCAGCCAGCUAGUUAAUCGUAAAUUGUUGUAAUAUGCUUAUGACUUGCUAAUGUAAUGGUCAGGUAACUUAAAUAAAUCAGGUUUGACAUCUGAUCAAGUUCCGCCUUUAGUUUAUUUUUAGUUUCGUUUUUGAGAGGACUCGACAAAAUUGACAAUAACAUAUCGUUUUAUGACGUUUUAAAACGUUUAGCCUGUAUAAUAUAUGAUUUUACAAUGGUGAUCUAUAGUACCACGGUCUUCAGUUGUGGUAACGUUAAACAAUCUGAGUGAAAUACUGGUCAAAGACGGAGCUACGGAGCUACGAUCCCACCAUGACUUACUCCAUUAUCUGUGUAUUUGCACUGCUGAUAAACAAAGUGUCCCUGCAGGGUGUGAAUGUUGUUGUUGAGGGUGUUACUGGAGGUUUUGUUGUCUUGCCGUGUGCUACCAAUGACAUUGAACACAAACUUUCUGAUAUCACUGUUCAUUGGAGACACAAUGACAGCCUGCCUGUGUGUGCCAUAAAAGAUGGCCAAUUUUCACUACAAGACCAAGACCUCACUUACAAGAACAGGACGGAAUCUUUCCCUACUGAAUAUGAGAAAGGAAACUUCUCCCUCAAACUCAACAAUCUUAAAAACACUGAUGGAGGAAAUUACCUGUGCUUCAUCCUACAUUCAUCUGAACAAGUGAUCCUGAUCACACAGCUGAUCAUCACAGAAUCAACAGUACAGAUAGGAGAAAAACCAACAGAAACAAAUGGAAACCAAGCACGAGGAACGCCUUCAAUGAUUAUUUUUGCUGUUCUUGGUGUUUUGAUUCUAAUGUGUUUAGUUUUCUGUGUCCUAUUUGUAUAUAAGAAAAGGUGUGAAGGAGAUAUCUAUCCCCUGUAGAGAUGUGUUUCAUGAUCUCCAUCUGAAGGGUACAAUUCUUUUAGGAACAAUUCAAACUUUUUUUUUUUUAUAGCGGAAAUGCUUCAAGAGUUACAGUUAAAUAAAUAGCUGUAGAAUCAGAGCCUUUUAGGCUGUUUCUCAAUCCGAAGGCUGUAGCAUAUGUCAUCAAGCCUAGUUUAUUUAACUUAACUGAGCAUUACAGUCAUAAGCAUAUUACAACAAUUUACGAUUAACUACAAAAAUUCUAUGUUUUUAAGUUUAAGUUAGUAUUUUAAGGCUUUAUGACGUAUGCAGCCUAGAAAUGCGACCCUUUUAGGCUACAGCCUUCGGAUUGAGAAACGGUCUUUGUGGACAACAUGGGCUGGACACACCAAAACUUUUAAACGCGGCUGAAAACGCCUUGAGGACGCCGAAUGCCAGCUGUUUUUCAGCUGAGUGUCAGCUUUCUUUAGCUGAGCUCUUUGAUAGCUGUGAUACUUCAGCUGCGAGACGGUUGGUUGUUGUGGUAAUGUCCCGCCCCUCCUCCACUGUGAUUGGGUGGCCGUGUGAGAACUGACAUUGACGAGCGGAGCUUUUCUCCCAAAGUUGAAUCUCUUUCAACUUUCGACGCUCAGCGCCGAGCGCGGAAAAACCGCCGAGCGCCGGUUUUCAGCGCGGAAAAAACCCGCUAGCUGCUGGCUUAUUUGAAAAACGCCGAGCUUCCAUUGGAAACAAUUGAAAACAUGCGCCGGCCGCGGGCGUAAAAGUUUUGGUGUACACAACCCCAAGCCAGGCAGGGAUCGCAAAAUCACUAGCCCGACGUCCCGGAGCUAUUGUGAAUCCCUGUCGGGCUACCAAAAUGCAUCUCCGCCCUGCCCGUCGGGCUAUCUUGGGAAGGAAAUAAUAUUUUAAUGUUUUUGCUUUGUCUCAGAUUUAGUUAGGUAAUUAUAUUGUAUGUAUUUCGGCGUCCUCUUGUCAGUCAUUAUCCUCACGUAACAAGUUGAAGGAUCCUACCUUUGAUCCUCACUUGCAGAAUGUUUUUAUUAGUGUGUUUUUUAUGUUUAAUCAUUUAAUCAUUUAUUUACAUAAUCAUCAUAAUCAUUUUAUAAUCAUUAGUUUUUAUCCAUUUAAUUAUUUUAUUUGAUUAUUCAAUAUUAUUUUAUCAUUAUCAUUUUUAUUAUUACAUUAUUGUUUAUUAAUUCAUUUAUUCAUUAUUGUUUUUAUUCAUUAUUCAUUUAUUCAUUCAUUAUUAUAUUUCUAUAUUUUAUUAUAUCAUUCAUUAAUUCAUUGUAUUUCUAUAUUUGAUGUCUCUUGGUGGUUCAGUUUCAUAGAGCUGUUCUGUCUGUGUGUAAACAAGAUAGAUAAAAAGAAUGUUUAUGGAAGUCUAAGAAGGCCGGUGACACACUGGAUGCGUGGCGUAAAGGGCGAUUUAUAGUCGUGCAUAGGUCCUACGCCGUAGCAAUUCUCAUAAACAGUAGAGGAUGGUUAAUAUUGCAAGAAAAAAACUUUACUUUAAUUACUACUUAACCACAGGUAAUCUAAUUGUUAAUAACAAUUGGUUAAUAUCAAGAUUAUGAAAGUAAAUGGAAUGUAUGCAUCUGAGGCCUCCAAUGGAUUAGUCAAGCUCAGACCGUUUCUUUGUCAUAGUAAAUAGAACUACUUCGCAGCAGAUACUAGAAGAAGAUAUGCAAAUAUAAUACACUUUUGUUUGUUGCUAUUUUUCCUGUGUAUUUUCUGAUCUGUAAGACACUUUGGAUGAAUGUAUAUGCUAAAUGAAUAAAUGUAUAUGUGAUGAUUGGAAAUAAAAAAGA